AUGUCAGCUGAUCCAGUAAAAUCACACCUGGAUGUGCUGACAGAGUGUCGUUCCGACCCAUCUUUUUCUGCUUCAGCCCUGGCUGUGAAGAGAUGUUGUCAGUUGUCAUCUUUGCAGUGGAGCACAAAUGUCUGCUCCCCUCUGGUCCAGUCUCCCUUUGAGGAGGUGACCGUGUAUUUCACCAAGGCUGAGUGGGCCCUGCUGGAUCCAGGCCAAAAAACUCUCUAUAGGGAAGUCAUGGUGGAGAACUAUGGGCAUGUGGCCUCUCUAGCGCCUCUCCGAGGGAAGCAGCCUAACGGCCUCCCUUCCCACCCCACCGCCUGCCUCCUUACCUUAGCGCGCAGGGCACAGGCCAGCAGCAGGAGCAGCGCCGGCGGGGCAAAGGCGCCGGCGGCCGGGAGAAGGCGGGAGGCGCGGCCAUGGUGCGCUCUAGUGCUCCAUGGGCAGCAGCAAGGAGGCGACGGCGCGGGCGGAGGCAGCAGCGAGAGAGAGAGUGAAAGCCCCGGCGGCGGCACCAGCAGCCGCCUGAGCGCAAACUUGCAUGGCCGAAACGCCACUGCCAAUUACAAUCCGUCAGCAUUUGGUUGCGUUCAUUUUGCCAAUGCAGCAGAUGUAGAGGAGGCAACUAGGGAAUUCCAGGGAUUUUCCUUGGAAAAUGCCAAGAAUGAAGAUGCUGAAGGAAACUUGGGAGAUGGAGACGGACCACAGAGCCAGGAGGAAAGCCACACAGCAGGGGAUGAUUGGCAGAACAAGGAGGAUGAGGAUCUGCAUUUUCUAUCAGCAGAUGAAAACCAGAAUGAAGAUAUGAGGGGAAACAUCAGGAAUCAAGAAAGACCUAAGAGGCAGAAAGGCAGCCAUGUGGUUAAGAAGAGGGGCAAACCCAUUCCUUAUCUAAGGGAGGAUUUCCAAGACAUCAUUCUCAUGGUAGAGGAAAAAGAGAAGAGCUUGGAGUGUGGAAGGAACAUCUCAGACCAAACCCAAUGUAAUGUCCAUUUACAAAGGUACAGUGGAACAAACACUCAUCAAUGCUUGGAGACUGGAAAGACCACGAUUCACAGAGCAGAGCUCCAUAAACAUCAAAGAUCACAUACAGGAGAGAAACCUUAUAGGUACUUAGGCUGCAGCAAGAGCUUCUCCAAGACAUCAGACCUUGUUCAGAACCACAGCAUUCACUCAGAAGAGAAGCAGUUUAUCUGCUCAGAGAGUGGAAUGGUGUUCUCUGCUGGAAGAAAGCAUAAUGUACACUUCCCAAAGCCAAAGUGUGGAAAGAAAUUCAGUUGGCGUGGCCAUCUUAAAGAGCAUCAACGAACCCACACAGGGGAGAAGCCUUUUGAAUGCUCAGAGUGUGGGAAGAGAUUCAGUUGGAGUGGCACUCUUCAAAAGCAUCGAGUAACUCACACAGGGGAGAAGCGCUUUGAAUGCUCAGAGUGUGGGAAGAAAUUCAGUCACAGUUAUGGUCUUCAAAAUCAUUUAAGAAUCCACACAGGAGAGAAGCCCUUUGAAUGUUCAGAGUGCGGGAAGAGAUUCCGUAGAAGUGACACUCUUCAAGAGCAUCAACGAAUCCACACAGGAGAGAAGCCCUUUGAAUGCUCAGAGUGUGGGAAGAGAUUCAGUUGGAGUGGCACUCUUCGACAUCAUCUAAGAACCCACACAGGGGAGAAGCCCUUUGAGUGCUCAAUUUGUGGGAAGAGAUUCUGUUGGAGUGGCCCUCUUCAACAGCAUCAACGAACCCACACAGGAGAGAAGCCCUUUGAAUGCUCAGAGUGUCAGAAAAGAUUCAGUUCUAGUAGCAUUCUUCGAAGACAUUUAAGAACCCACACAGGGGAGAAGCCCUUUGAAUGCUCAGAGUGUGGGAGAACGUUCAGUCAGAGUAGCCAUUUACGACAGCAUCUAAGAACCCAUACAGGGGAGAAGUCCUUUAAAUGCCCAGAAUGUGGGAAGAGGUUCAGUGAGAGCGGCUAUUUUGAAGAGCAUCAAAAAACCCACACAGGGGAGAAGCCUUUUGAAUGUUCAGUAUGUGGGAGGACAUUCAGUCAGAGUAGCCAUUUACAACAGCAUUUAAGAACCCAUACAAGGGAGAAGCCCUUUAAAUGCUCAGAGUGUGGGAAGAGAUUCAGUUGGAGUGGCACUCUUCAACAUCAUCUAAGAACCCACACAGGGGAGAAGCCCUUCGAAUGCUCAGUUUGUGGGAAGAGGUUUAGUUGGACUGCCUCUCUUCAACAGCAUCAACGUACCCACACAACAGAGAAGCCCUUUGAAUGCUCAGAGUGUGGAAAGAGAUUCAGUCAUAGUAGCACUCUUCAACAUCAUCAGGGAACCCACACAGGGGAGAAGCCCUUUGAAUGCUUAGAGUGUGGGAAGAGAUUCAGUCGGAGUAGCACUCUUCAACAGCAUCAACAAACCCAUACAGAGGAGAAGCCGUUUGAAUGCUCAGAGUGUGGGAGGAGAUUCCGUCGGAAAGGCACUCUUCAACAGCAUCAACAGACCCAUACAGGGGAGAAACCCUUUGCAUGCUCAGAGUGUGGGAAAACGUUCAGUCGGAGUGGUACUCUUCAAGAGCACCAAAGAACUGGAAGACAGCCUGAGAGCGAGGACAAGCCCCUGCGCCAGCUCUUUCCCCCGCCCAAGACUCGGGUGGAGAAAAGAGAGCUUCGUUUUGCUCUUGGGCUGGCUCCCCUACAGGAAAGGCAGCCCAAGAGCGAAGAGGACGCCCCGCACUGGCUCUUUCCCGCGCCCGAGACUUGGGCGGAGGAAAGAGGUGCAGGAAGGUUGGAGGGGGCGUUUGCAUAG